AUGUUCCUGACCGCGGUACGACGUGCUAUUGCUGGCGAUCUUUUGAAAUCGUUCAAACCUCUCCAUGAUCGAGUGCUAGUUGAGCGUGUCGCUGCUGAGACGAAAACGAAGUGCGGAAUAAUGUUGCCCGAGAAAGCGCAGGGCAAGGUGCUCGAGGCGACCGUCAUCGCAGUCGGACCGGGAGCGCGUAAUGAGAAAGCAAACGAUGUUCGAUUCAUGCGGGUCAUAUGGAUGAUGGUUAUAUGA